AUGGACGACAUGCCCGAUCUAUCGCACCUGACGCAGGAGGAACGGGCCAUCAUCGAGGGUGUGAUGAUGCGCCAGAAACAGGAGGAAGAACGAGAAAAUGAAAUUAUGCGGCGCAAGCAAGACGAGGUGGAAACACUCGUCGACUCGAUCCGCCAGAAAUCGGAGCAACAAAAGAAGGCCGGCGUUGAGCUGGAGGCCACGUGUCACAUCUGCCUCAAGACAAAGUUCGCGGACGGUAUCGGCCACAUCUGUCACUACUGCAACAUUCGCUGCUGUGCCAAAUGUGGUGGCAAAGUAACGCUACGCAACAACAAGGUCAUAUGGGUGUGCAUAGUGUGCCGGAAAAAGCAAGAGCUGCUCUCGAAAACGGGCCAGUGGAUGAACAAAAGCACCAGCCCGGACGGUGUGAUACGCAGACAGGAGGGUGACCCAAGGACCCUUCCACAGACGAUGCUCGACCCGCUCGAUCCCUCCGACAAGCGACCGAAGCUGGAGCGGGCUCGCAGCGCCGCCGAGAAGGAGAACAAUCCGAUGCAACGGGCCAACAGCCAGCUGCGCCGCCAGUACAGCCAGCAGGACCCACCGACGCGUCGGCUCUCGCAAUCAGAUGGCGUCGAUAUGAUGAUGUCGCCCGGUCACCAUCACGGCCAGUCGAUGGGUCGCAUGCAGAUGCAACCGGGCAUGUACGGUGGAGGCAGUCGUCAGGGAGUGGGGCAAGCGGGUGUUGGGUACGGGACCGGUGGGUAUGGGCAACACUCGCAGUUGCCUCAGCCUCCGAUGCAGCACGGAAUGGGUGCUGGCUCGUACGGAACCGGUCCGCAUUCGAUGACGCCUCAGGUGCACAUUACGCACGCUGGCGGAGGUGGAUAUGGCCACGAUGACCCGAGUUACUACCAGAGCGAAAUCGAGGAUCUAAUGCGAACGCAUCCACAUCUAGUGCAUCCGCGCCAGCAACAACACUACGCCGAAACGAUGCAAUCCGGGUCGGGGCAUGGGAGUGGUGGCAUGGUAGGGGGUGUCCAUCUUCCACCCGAACCGACGAAAUCUCACAAGCGGCCAUUGGGGGGCCCUUACCUACCACAGCAGCGGUCCUUCAGCAGCUCCGACGAGGACAUUCGCUCCACGCCCGAGUUCGAAGCCGGUCACCAAAGACAGUAUUUCGAUAAUCACACACGACUGAACGCUAACCUUUCCGACUAUCGAGCAACAAAGCUGGACGUGCAGCAACGCAACAGUUACAAUCGUACCAAUCACAACCGAUAUCAAUCACCGUCCCAGCAGCAGCAGCAGCAUUCAUCCCAUCCCUACCACUACCAGCAGCAGGAUCCGCUGGGACGGGACUACCAUCAGACGCAGCCACUGCCGCAGGUGGUGGUAGGUGACGGCAUUAUUGCAUCCACGGCCUACGAUAGCAUUAACCAUCAUCACCACUCGGUCCACCAUCCAUCGCUCCAUCAUCAAUCGUCGGGCGCACACUUGGGGACGACCGCCGGCAGCCCGGCCACCAUUCCACAGGGCCACGGUGGUAGCAGUGGUAGCAGCAGCAGCAGUCAGCACCAUCCGUUUCCACCGUACGGUCAGCAGCAGGCGCACCAUCCUCAACAGACGCAGCAACAGCAGCAGCAGUGCAACAGCAGCAGUAGCGGUGGUUCGAGUCACAGCACGACGGGACACCAUCCGGUGGCGCACAACUCGCACACGCGCUACGGCACCAGUCCGGCCGCCACCGAGCAGCCGGAUCCGUACUGGGACGAACCGGCCGACAGCCGGCGGUUCACCGAGCGGAGAAAGAAGACGGUGCGGUUCGAUGGGCAGGACUCGGACGAUUGGUCCCGGUGGGAAUCGGAACGCCAGGGCAGCCAGGACUCGGCCACCAAAGACUCUGGUAUCGACACCAGUAGCACGUUCACCAGCAGCGAAGACUCGAACCGAGGCGAUGGCCCAAAGAACCCGGUCAGCUGGCAAGUAGUGUCGUCGGCGGAUGGCGGUCGCGCGACCGGUCGUAUGGUGCAGCGGAGACAGUUCGACGGCGAAGACGUGCUGGGGUUGAAGGUGCGCGGUGGCCAGGUGCUGCCGAGCGAUCCCCGUGCCGCCCUCAUCGAGCUGGAAGGCGCACAUAUCAGGCCAGAGAGCUACGAUCGUCGUGAUAAGCCCAGCGUGCUGGUAACCUCGCCAGGUUCGCCAGAUUUACACAGCGUCCGAAACUACUCGUCCAACCCGCGGUACAGCAACCGGCUGGCCCCGGCCGGGACGGUGUCGCAAGAGAACAGCGUCGGCGGGCGGGUUCAGCUCAAGCUCGGUUUCGAGCCAAGCUCGCUGCAGCUGAUCGUGACCGUACUGUGCGCCAAUGGCCUUGUCCCGCGGGGGAAUGGUGCCGCUAGGAAUCCGUACGUGAAGAUCUGCCUGUUGCCGGAUCGAAGCGAAAAAUCGAAGCGACGCACCAAAACGCUAGCCCUCACGAAUGAUCCUCGCUGGGGCCAAACGUUUGUGUAUGAGGGCCUUCGGCGGGCGGAUCUGAACAAUCGCCUGUUCGAGGUUACGGUGUGGGAUUACGUGCGGUACGGUGCGAACGAUUUCCUUGGCGAAGUAAUUAUCGAUCUGUCCACGCAUCCGCUGGACGACGAGGCAGAAUGGUACAUUCUCCAGCCGCACCAGGACUCCUUGCGAGAUACUUUGCGUAGAGACGAUAAAGAACCUGGCAACGAAUUGGAUAUGAUAUUGACCCCGACCGAUCAUUUAUCGCCGCCGAGUACGACCUCACGAUUGAGUGACUCUGAUACGACAUCCGAAUGCGAUAUAGAUGGUUUGAUGACCGGACGUGACGGCGCUAGUGUAUCAUCCUUAGGCAGCUCAUCUAGUCCUCCGCCAGAGGUCGAUCUGCAGGAUAGACGAUCUAGACGGGAUAUGUCCCCUCAAGGCAGGAAACGAGCGGCUGGCAUGGUAGCGAAGGACUAUCGUACAGUUUCAGGCGUCGGACAGGGUUUUCACAACCAGAUGAGUGCAGAGGCAUCGUCAGCCUACAGGCGCAACGGUACGAUGGCGUUGAAUCAGCGAAGCCAAUCGGCGGCACCGAGCGACAACUAUCGGGACGAUCGGCGGGACUCGUUAUCGCCGCAAGAUGAUAGAUAUACAGAAUAUCCAGUUCUUCCAUUGCAUCAGUAUGCGCCACGAUUUCAAUCACGAUCAGCGACAGCGACACCAACCGGUUCACCGAAGAAGCGACAAUUACCACAAGUACCUCACAUGUCACGGAAUGCAGCAAUACGGGAGCGUUUCAUUCAGGACUUUGAGGAGCGCAGCGGUGGUCGAUUCGCGCGGCACCGUGGCCGCCAGAGCCACCAUCAGCCGACGUACCGUAGCACAGGAAUGGGAGGCUGGGAACGGCACUACUCCGGACUAUCCGACAGUGACUUGACGACGCAUUCGUUAGAGAGUAGAAUUAGGCCAAGGCACUCGCUAUCCCCGGACAAGGAUUUCAUGGGUGACUUUGGUGAUUCCGAUAUGGAAUCGGUAGUUAGUGUUACUUCAAGUGCUUUCUCAACCCAAUCGGAGCGACCGCGUGGAUCGAAGGGGAUCAGGAACCACCAGACUCGCCGACUGCAGCACCGCAGCCUACCAACGGGUUGGGCCACGACAUCUCUCUGCGCCCUGCCGAGUGAGUAUUCGUUCGGACCGCAGCAGUUCGGCGACAAAGCAGCCGCCCUUCCGGUGCUUCCGGAUGUGACGCAAUCCGCGAUCAUUCCUCCCAAACCGGAGUUUGAACCGACACUUUCCGCUAGUAGUAUUAUUGCUCCUAUUGCCAGUAGCGCUAGUGCUUGCGGUGGUCUCUCGGGACCGCCAUUAUCCGCGGCAAUUCCUCUCGAGCUGCCAGAGUCGAUUCCGAUCUCACCGGCACCACCCGAUCAAAGCGUUCCGCCAGCUCCACCAGCUAUGGUCAGCAGUUACGGUUCUGCUUCCGGUGGUCUCGGUGGUUCGAUGUCGGAGGGUUACUUUAACGAGCAGUGUAUAACGCUGCAACCGGACUGCAGCACGAUCCAGAGCUUCUCGAUGAAUCAGGGCAGUGACAACGUGAUGACGGCUUCGUUGAAUCUGCCCUCUGGUCAACUAGCGCAGCAGCUUCCCGGUGCUUCGUUCGAGUUCCAAUCUGGGUCGCUUCCUACGGAGCAUUACUUUGGACGAGCUAGAGCCCCCUCAGGAUCACUGGAUCCGAUCAUGAGCUCGUCGAUGUACGCUGACGCACCGGCAUCGAUGGACUAUCGGCAACCUUCCCAAACGAAUGUGGGAAUGCGCCGUCCAUCGUAUGCCAUGCGGUCCAACACGUCUGAGCCGAACCUCAAUUCGAUGAUCAUGCGGCGGUUAUCCAAUCGACCUGGGGAUCCACAACCCUCGUGUGGGUACGCGCAACCUCGCAAUCAAAUGAUCUCGAUCUCGAGCCGGUAUCAUCCCCCUGAUCGACGUGCAGGUGGAGAUGCGCUAGCACAGUACGCUACUCCACCAUCGGCACCACCACCGGUGGGCACGAAUCAGAUCAUUUUGAAGUCGUCCUUUUCGGACCAGAAUCUCCACAACAGCAUCGUGUAUGAGCCGGCGGGGAUGAGUGGACCGGGUGGGCAGAACAUUUGCAUCUCGAAUAAGAAUGUGUACGAUCCGAACACUGGCUAUCAGAAUCAAACGAUCACGUGUAUUAGCAACAGUCGAGAGAAUCUUGGUGAAAGUAACAUCCGGUACACCAGCAACCCGGAAGGGACGGUGUGUGAGAUUAGCUCGUCGGAUGCGCCUUUUCGGCGAUCGCGUCCGGUGAGUAUGUACGCGGACACUCCGUUGACUGUGGAUCACGUGAUACCACCGUUGCGGGACGCGUUGAUUACAAGUUCACUCGUCCUGCCGGGUACCGAGGACGACGAGCACGGAUAUGGCCAAGUGGAUGAUCUGCAGCUUCAUCACAAUGACCGGAUCCUUGGCAAACCGCUCGAAGUGUUGAAGUCUCCCAGCGAGUAUCGUUUUUCGGCCUACCAAAGGCAGGCUCGCGACGAACCGUACGUGGUGAGUGGCGUUGGUGCUGGCAAACCGGAAAAGAUCGCUCGAUCACACUCGUUGAUUGCGCAGGAUCAAAUUAUAGACAUAGAGUACGACUCGGACACGGGCUGGAAGACGAAGAGCGUGCGUAAGAACGUGUUUGCGAGCAGUGUCGAGGAGAAGGUGUUCCGCAAACGCACUCGUUCACUCGGUGGUGGGGAUGGCAGCGAAGAAGGGGGUGGGGAAACGCAGGAAAGCUGCGUCGAAUCGAAAAAGGUGGGUUCGACUCCUCGUCAGGGGCGUAAAAGUCGCAGCGGUUCCAAGACCAGCUUGGAUCGCAGUAAUUUGACGUUGAAUAUUGUGAAAAACGUCGAUGACGAUACGGGUGGUGAUAGAAAGCCUACUGCUGGAUCAGGCUUAAAGGAUGUACCGGUCACUGCUGGGAAACGUGCAGCAAAAGAAAAGUCCGCAAACGUUGCCAAGCUUGAGCAGGAGCCGGAGAAAUCGGCCAAAGAAACGGCUAAAGUGAAGUCGACGAAACCGACAAUGACAAAGUCGAAAUCGAGCACGGGAGCCGGAGGUCAAAAGAAGGUCACGAAAAGCCCAGCUAAAACUAGUGGUGGGUCGUUGAAGAAGACCGGUUCACAGAAGGGUAAACCGACGAAAGCGGGCACGUCUUCGGGUUCCACUGCGCCCAAGGGAAAAGUGACAGAAAAGCCGAAAUUUAAAGAAAUCGAUACAAAGAGCGACUCCAAGACCAAGCUUGCUAAGAACAAAUCAGACAGCAAGGGUCGGGUGGAUGAGAUUAAAUCAGAAUCGACGGUGCUAUACAGCAGCUCGGAGUCGAUAAAGUCGAUCAUCGACGAGGUGCGGAUGGAGCUGCUACAGAAACCGAAAUCGACGGUUUACCUGAGUGACGAAAGUCCAACCGUACUGAAUCGUAGCCACUCGUUUAGUGACGGUGAGCUGAACUACAGCAAGCGCGUCCAGGAUUGCUACGAUCGGUACGCGUUAGUCGACGAUCGUCGUUCUAAAGAGGAUCGUUCGAGACAGCGUCCUGCAGAUCGAUACAAUCGCGAGCGUGCGGUGGGUUACGAGCGAGAGUACGAUCGCAAGGGCUGUCGAAUGGUUCCUGAUGGGGAAGAGGACGAUUCAGGACGACGUCCCGAGAUGUUCCCCAAGUGCAAAUCGCGCAGCUCCAGUCUGUACUCGAACGAUGAUGCGGGAGAUGUGCCUGUGCGACGCCAGGUGUACCAUAGCGAUAGUGCUGAAGAAGACGACGAUGAGGAUGGGCUCGAAGAGGGCGACGAUGAGGUGUUCGAGAGCUCGUUCUCGCGCGGUCGAAAUGCGUCCUUCAAUGGGAAGUCUUCGCUGAAGCGCAGGACACGUCAGGACAUGCGGCGCACGAGCAGCCUCGAGGGGUUGGACCAGUUUUUGGCGAAUUUGCAGAACAAAGAUCGCCACGGGGGCAGCAGCAAGAGCGACAGCGUGCGUCACAGCUCCGUUAGCAUCAACGACAAGCCGGAGUACUUCGAAUACACGAAAUCACCAUCCUCACCGUACCGCGCCGGCAGCGGCCGUAGUGCUAGCAGUAGACAUUCCGCUAACUAUGCUUCCCAUCUUUCCUCUAAAUCCUCCAACGGCGUUGCGCUGCUGCAAACCGAACCGAAACGGCCCUCGAUGAAAAAACCCUCCACGGUGGCGGUUGGCGAUGCAUCUGGAUCACGUUCCCGAUCGCACGAUCGGCACGCCGCAUCAAACCGUACCCGUUCGCCAUCGUCCGGGAUGUCUGAACGGCACCGGGAUGGUCGGACGGCUCACAGUGACUACGAUGUGCGCGGCCGCAGCCGUUACGGUGGCCACAACGGUGGACGGGAUGCGUAUCGACAGCGGGAUCGUGAGCGGGACCGGGAUCGAGAUCGGAACAGCAGCGAUCACGAACGGGACCGCGAUCUGAGCGAUCGCGAGCAACGGGAGUCGCGCGAGCGCGGCGAACUGGACCAAAGUCUUUCGAAUACCGAGGGAACACCGGAGGAUAAGAUAGACGGUAGCCUAAGUGAUACGGCAGUGAUACAGAGCUUGGACGCACGACGUAAGUUGGACCAACGAUCGCCGAAAAGCGAAACGCCGACCAGGGACCGGGAUCGGUUCGGCACUGGUAUGGGUAUCAAGAGUAACUCGACGUCGCAACUGUCGGCAACAGAUGAAAAAGGUCGUAAGCGACGCAUGGGGUUUGGUAAGCGAGGCAAGAAUUCCUUUACCGUACAUCGAAGCGAGGAGGUACUCCCGGGUGAGGUGCGCGGCGGAGGACUAUCGCGGGGCUCUUCCGCCUCUAGCGAUGGCGAAGGAAGUGUCGACGGUGACAGAUGGUCACCAUCGCUGCGAGUGGCGGGUGAUACGGGACCUUUAUCGGACUUCAUCGAUGGUUUGGGACCAGGACAGCUAGUUGGACGCCAAGUACUGGGUGCUCCGGCCUUAGGUGAUAUUCAACUGUCUAUGUGCUAUCAGAAGGGUUCCUUAGAGGUUGAAGUGAUAAGAGCAAGAGGAUUGCAGGCACGUCCUGGCUCAAAAGUACUUCCAGCGCCUUACGUUAAAGUGUAUUUAGUUUCCGGUAAAAAAUGUAUAGAAAAAGCAAAAACAACGACUGCUAGGAAAACGUUAGACCCACUAUAUCAGCAACAACUAGUGUUUAGGGAGCCGUUCGCGGGCUGCAUACUACAAGUUACGGUGUGGGGGGAUUACGGUCGCAUGGAGGGCAAGAAGGUAUUCAUGGGCGUAGCUCAGAUAAUGCUGGACAACCUCAACCUAUCACACAUAGUCAUCGGCUGGUACAAACUGUUCGGAACGACGUCACUGGUCAGUGGGCCCCCCAGUUUGGGCCUAUCUAGACGAUCCUCGAUCGCAUCACUCGAUUCACUCAAGCUGUAAAGCCUCUAGCGAUCCAUUGAGCAUCACCUUCGUUAAGACAAACUUAGUUUGAAACUCAAAAUCCACACCGUUCAGUAGCGUCCUUCACCGAUGGUGUGCUGCUUCCGACUUGGCUGCCUUCGAAAAGGGCGGAAGUAAACAAGACAUCAAGGAGCUAGGGUCACUCCGGCGUAUUUGUGCGAUCGAAACCGUUACGGCCUUAUGUUCGAGAGACGCCGUCGACUCUCUAGCAAACACUCCCACUUACCGCACGUGGAACGCUGCCAAGCGGCUCAACCGAGAACCAAUCGACCGUGGUCGCGUGUGGUGACGAGUGUGGAGCUUGAUAUUAAUUAUUUUAAUUAUCCACUAUCGUCCAUACGUUAUCCAUUAGCCUGCUUGCCGGGUCAAAGGCGAGUACGAGAGGAGAUGUGAAAUGGAAAUAGCAGAUGGCGAGAGUACGAGAAGUAAACCACAAAUCUAAUAUGCAACAUAUACAUGAAAAAAAAGAAAAGAAAACGAAGAUCAUCUCACUAGCGAUAACGAAAGGCGGAGGGUACUGUUGGGAGGGGGUAGGGAGAAAAAAAGAAACUCAAAUCUGUGAAUUUAUUAAAUUGUAAUAUUUGAAACCAAACCAAAACAAAAAAAUGGGAAAAACUGAGAAGCUAGAGGGAUGGGGAGAUCCAAAACCAUAAACAUAAAUUAAAUAAAUCGUAAAUCUUAUUAUAGUAAGCAUGCUUCAGACGUAAAGAACAAAUGAAAAAAGGAGUAAAUUGAGAGUGCGUAAAUGCAAAGUGAACAGAUAAAGAAUAUCCUAAACAAAAGAAUUCAUAGGGCGAUGUGGCGAAAUCAAAUAAGAAGAGUGAAAAGAGAAAUAGAAAGAUUGGAAGAAAGGAAAAGAGAGAGAGAGAGAGAGAGAGUAAGAGAAAGCGUAAAAAAUAGCUCUCCAUCAUUUUCAUUGAUAAAAUGUGCG